AUGUUCCUCCUACGCCGUGUUCCGCGUCGUGCCAUUCCACGCUUUCCAGUCCAACAACAGCGUCGCGCCCUUGGAAGUGUGAGUGCUAUCGACUCUGCCAUCUUCCGCACUCUGUUUGGUACCGAGGAGAUACGAAAGGUCUUCGACGACAGGGCUUAUGUCAAUCGCUGCGUAGAUGCAGAGACAGCUUUGGCAAGAGCCCAGUCAAAAUGCAACGUGAUCCCAUCUCAUAUUGGGGAACUGGUCACGACGAAGGCAAAUGAGCUGGAGCUGGACUUCGAACGUUUGCGACGAGAGACAGAAAUCGUUGGCUACCCUAUUUUCCCUUUGAUACAACAGCUGUCCGCAUCGUGCGGCGAGGAGGCAGGACGUUAUGUACAUUGGGGCGCGACCACCCAGGACAUUAUGGAUCUAGCGAGUAUGCUGCAGAUGAAGGAGGGCCUGGAGAUUGUUGAGCGUACGCUCCGGUCUGUCAUCAAGAAUCUGGAGAAUCUGUCCAGGAAACACCGAGACACACCAAUGGCUGGUCGCACGCAUUUGCAACAUGCGCUUCCAAUCACGUUCGGACACAAGUGUGCAAUCUGGCUGUCUGGCUUCCAACGACAUCUAGAGAGACUUGAGGAGCUCAAGCCUCGUGCAUUGAUGGUCCAAUUCGGAGGCGCUGCAGGUUCGCUAGCCUCUCUAGGCUCCGGGGACGAUGGUAUUCGUGUUCGCAAAGAGAUGGCAAAGGACCUGGGACUUACAGAUCCUCCGAUCACAUGGCAUGUCGCGCGCGAUGGUGUAGCAGAAAUCACAAAUUUCCUUGCGCUCGUCGGAGGAAGCUUGGGUAAAAUUGCUCUCGACAUCAUUAUCAUGUCGUCCAACGAACUCUCCGAGGUUUCAGAACCCUUCGUACCUCAUCGCGGCGCAUCUUCGACUAUGCCACAGAAGAGAAACCCUAUCUCCAGCGAAGUGAUCCUAGCAGCGUCGAAGAUUCUGCGCUCUAAUGCAGGCCUUGUGCUUGACGGGAUGGUGUCUGACUUUGAGCGCGCAUCGGGACCAUGGCACUUGGAAUGGGUUGCGGUUCCAGAGAGUUUCGUCAUUGCGGUGGGCGCACUUUAUCAGGCUGACUUUGCACUGGCCGGGCUUGUUGUGAACCCGAAACAGAUGCUGGACAACCUUUACUCUACGCGCGGGCUUAUUGUUGCUGAAGCAGUGAUGAUGGGCCUCGCUCCGCAUCUAGGCCGAGGAAAAGCGCAUGAUGUGGUCUACGAAGCUUGCAAAGAGAGCAUCGAGAACGACACAAGCUUGUUAGAGGCUCUACAAACACGGAGCGAGAUCACCGAGAAGAUUUCAAGUGAACAGUUGGCUUCUUUGUGCGACGCGAAGAACUAUCUUGGCUCCUGUGGGUUGAUGGUCGAUGAGGUAUUGGCAGCGUCUAGAUAA